CUCAGAAAAAAAAUAUCUCGGCUGUUUAAAUUCCCCUCUCACUUUUUCUCUUUGUUUCUCUCUCUAAAAUUAACUCGAAUCUCCAGUAUCCUGUCACUAACCUCGCUUCACCAAAACUCCCAGAAAAUCUAGGGUUAGGGUUUUCGAACUCCGACAUCAUCUACGAUUUUCGACAAGAUGUAUGCUGAUAAAUUAGAAGGAGAUUCCAAGGCGUCAAUCACAGAAAGGCUUAAUGGCUCCGUCGCCAGUAAUUCCAUUCGCCGGCGUACCGUCACCGGAAAAAGGCAAAGGCAGGAUGACAAAUGGGAACAUGAUCUUUACCAAGAUGAGCGACCUCAAUUAUCGCGCAAACUUGGUGGAGGUGAUCUUCGUCUGAAGCUUCAGAGGAGGAGCAGCCAGCAUGAAACCCAAGGUGGAGGUGUUCGAGAUCUUCGUGAAAAGUUGUCUGGCUCAAUGCACUCUCAGCCAGUAAAUAAGGAUUCUCAGAAGCCUAAACCUGAACACGAGGCUGUUAAACCUGCUAGAAGAAGUGUCAUUGUUGCCACACCUGUAGCGGAGCCUAAAAAAGUCUCGAACCCCACUUCGAGGAAGAAAACUCAACAGAAGGCUGAUGCAUCAGUUGAUGGGUUUCUUCACUCCUUGGGUCUUGAAAAGUAUCUUAUUACAUUUCAGGCAGAGGAAGUUGACAUGACAGCUCUUGAGCACAUGACCGACGAGGAUCUUAAAGCAAUAGGAAUACCAAUGGGUCCCCGAAAGAAGAUAUUAUUGGCAUUGAGUUCAAGGGGUUAAGAUGGGGAGUAAAGCUGAUUGUUAUUUUUCUUUCCUGUCAGCUUUGUUGCCAAACCCAUCUCUGCAGUCCACUGUUGGUGGCCCUGUGUUUUACUUGGUAUAUAUAUAUGCCUGUUGUCUGAAUGUUUACAUUUUAAUUUUGACAAAUUGGUUUGUAUUGAAGAAGCGUUAGGGCACCAGGGAGCUUCGUUUUGAUUUAGGUUAUAUUGUAGGAAGGGUAGGUUGAAACUAAUUCAGGGAUUUAUCUGUAAUGCUAUUUCAAAUUAUUUUAGUUGGAUUUUUUUCCCCUUAAAUGUGUAGUUUUCUCACGAUUUAUGGUUCUCUUUUGUUCUGAUUAAUCA